AAAAAAAUGUUUGAUUUUUAUUCUUAAUCUCUUCUGACAAACAUCACAAGAACAUUGUCAGAAACUGUGUGCUUCAGUCGACGUUUAGGACCAGGCUAAGUUGGAAGAAUUGGCUUCACGCUUGAGUAAACAUCUUGGAACGUCAUUAUUUGUUAAGGGAAAGGUGGACUUCAUCACAAAUCCCGAUGGAAAAGUAACCGUCGGACAAGAUGAAGGGUGUCCAAGAAGAUGCGGUGGACAAGGUGAUGUAUCAAGUGGAACUUUGGCAGUGUUCCUCCUCUGGGCUACAAGACAGACAGCAUCAAACGACUCCAAAAAUAUGGCUGGGCUUGCUUGCAGUCAACUAGUCCGAAACUGUGCAAAACUAGCUUACGGAAAAGCUGGCAGAUCUAUGAUUACCACUGAUUUGAUUAACGAGAUGCCAGGACUUCUUCGUGAGUUGGAUGGGCAUGCGUAG